AUGGCCGGAACAAAUCCACAGCCUAAUAAUGCAAGGCCUGUCGAGACGAGAGAAACUUCGUCAGAUGACAAGAAUAUGACAUUACUAGACCUUCGAGAAAAACUGGACCUUUGGUACAUGAUACACGUCCUCCUCUAUGAUCUUUGCAAUAUUUCCAAAGAUCACGCCGCAGAAGCCCGAACCUUGUGCACAACCGAUGAGCUGUACAUCAGCGCUCCCUAUUUCACACCCGAGGAGGCUCUACUCAUCAAAAAUACUGUCGUCUCCCGUCCCAUCCUAACGGACAUUCCUGAAUUUGAAGCCCUCGAGUUCGACGAAGAUAUCAAUUCCGGAACAAACGAACCUCCAAAGGAAGUGGCGCCAGAGAAGACAUUGACAAUCGAACAAGCUAUCACAUCCUGCCUCCAGAACUUUUUCGCGAAACGAAGAGCAAGCGGCGAUGCGAGACCUUGUGGCCCACAUGACAUGGGCCCGAUUUACAAAGCUGUCUUUGGAAUUAGAACAGAGGAGUUGAAUGACGAAAAGUUCUUGGGCCGCUUGAGACGAACGGCCCUGGGUCAGUCAAACGACAAGACUGCGAAUUACGAAGUAAAGGGAAAGAGGAAAAAGAAGGCCAGUAAAGUUGAUUAG